AUGUCGAACGCCGCCGAUGACCCACACGACUUUGACAGCGAUGCGUUCGACUUGAACUCCGUUGACGAGGCUGAGCUCAUCAGUGUGCAGGACAAUGCAGUGCAACAGUCAACUCUGAAAAGGAAGUCCGGGGAACCUUACGAACCAACAACUACGAAGAGGCUGCGGGUCGCGGAUCAUGAAACGGCGGUUUUCGUCGCGAACAGCACGCUCAAGACGCGCUUCGGCCUUGACGCCUUUCGGUUGAAGCAGGAAGCCGCCAUUGUUCGCACAUUGGGCGGCGAAAGUUGUGUCGUUGUGUUUCCCACUGGCGGUGGCAAGUCUCUAUGCUACCAGGUGCCAGCGCUAUGCUUCAAGGAGAUGGAUCGUAGUGCGGGACUGCGACAAGGCCACGCUGAAAGCGGCAUUACUCUUGUAGUCUCGCCGCUGAUCGCACUUAUGAAGGAUCAAGUCGAUGCUCUGCAGCGACGUGGCAUUAGUGCCGCAGCACUCGACUCCUCGAGAUCCAAACAAGAGUACAUGGCCAUAGUAGAUUCAAUGAGAAAUGGUACACUCGACAUUCUCUACUGCGCCCCAGAGCGUCUCAACAAUGAAGGCUUCGUCGGCUCUAUGUCCAAUGUCAAGGGCGGUGUGCGUCUGCUUGCCAUCGACGAAGCUCACUGUAUCUCUGAGUGGGGCCAUGCAUUCAGACCAGACUAUUUGAAGGUGGCUCGCUUUGCGAAGGAAAUUCAGGCUGAACGAGUGGUAUGUCUGACAGCCACCGCCACUCCAGCGGUGGCCAGAGAUGUCUGCAAAGCGUUCGGCAUCGCCGAGGAAGGCUUGUUUCGCACUGCAACGUACCGCCCGAAUUUGCGUCUGCUCGCAAAGUCGUACCGAACUAAAAAGGAAUCUCAUCCCGACCUAACAAAGUUCUUGAAAGCACAUCCUGGGCCAACGAUUAUUUACGUGACGCUGCAGCGCCACACAGAAGAGCUGGCGCAAGAUCUGCGCAAGAACGGCGUCAAAGCGCGCCACUUCCACGCCGGGAUGCCUGCGGCCGAGAAGUCGGUCUGCCAGGAAGCCUUUAUGGCUGCGAGCGACGUGAUCAUUGUCGCCACCAUAGCCUUUGGUAUGGGCAUUGACAAGGCCAACAUCCGCAACGUCAUCCACUACGACAUUCCUCGGAGUCUUGAAGGAUAUAGCCAGGAAAUCGGACGUGCUGGAAGAGACGGGCUUCCUAGUCAGUGCAUGCUCUUCUUGUGCGCGGAAGGCCUGCACUUGCGGGAAAGCUUUGCGCGAGGUGACCUGCCCUCAAAGCAGUCAGUCGCUGCGCUUCUGAACGAGUUAUUCUCGUUGAGACCGAACGACCUUGGCUGCAUUGAAGUGAACCUGUACCACCAAGCUAAGGAGCAUGACAUUAAGAACACCACGUUGAAGAACAUUUACGCUCGACUCGAACUGCAAUUCGGUCUACUCCGCGAAACUACGCCCAAGUAUACGAAAUAUGAAUAUGUCGAGCUUGGCCCGCUGAAGGAUGAUAAUUCACGCACCGCCCAGAUCGUCCGCGCUGGCGUGAGAAAGGCGAAGACGCUCACUCAUGUCGAUGUCGACGCCGUUGCGCGGUCUUCGGGCCUCGAGCGAUCCGAGAUCGUAGCUAAGCUCCAGAGCUGGCAUGAUAGCGCACGUAUUGACUUGCGGACCGGUGGCGUCCUGAACAUGUACCGAGUCCUGAAAACACUCCCCACAGUCAAGGCGGAGAAAGAGCGCAUCGUCAACGCCGUCUAUACCGAUCUUCAGGGUCGCGAGCAGCAGGAGCUCGACCGCAUGCAGCAGGUGAUAGACCUCGUCAAUGGUACCGCUUGCUUCUCGAAAAGUCUAGCAGGGCACUUUGGCGACAUGCUGCCAAGCGGUGCGAACGCUUGCGGACAUUGCACGUGGUGUGAGAUGCACACUCCGGUCAAGGUCGUAACACCAGAGCCUAAGCCUUUUAACUAUGACGUGUUCGAGAAGGUGCUGAAGGCCGUGUCUGAGCGAGACGAUGCGCGCUUUCUGGCCAGAGUAGCCUUUGGCAUAAGCAGUCCUAGAAUUACCCAAGCCAAGUUGACUAACAGCCCUGUCUUUGGGAGCAUGGAGGACUAUGAUUUCACAGUCUUGCUCAAAGCAUUCGAGUCUGCAUGCUCUUCAGCGAACCAGAAGCGCUGA